AAUUCACUUCAAACAAUGAAGCCACCAAGAUUAAUAAUAAUCAAGAACACAAGGAAUCUCUCGAUCAAGACUUGAGAUCUAUGUUGAUGAUGAGACCAAUAAGAGGAAUCCCUCUUUACCAGAAUCAAGUCCUUGACCACUACUACUACUCAUCUACAUCUUCCACUCCUUUCUUCUUCAGUGAAGUCAACGGUCAACACGCUAGUAGUCGUUUAAUCACAAACCCUAAUUGUAGUUUUAAUAUUCACCACCGUCAUCGGCGUCAAGCUCAACCGCAGCCGCCUAGAUUCACGGCCAAACGAGGAGUAAGGGCUCCAAGGAUGCGGUGGACGACGACCCUCCACGCCCAUUUUGUACACGCUGUUCAAUUAUUGGGUGGUCAUGAAAGAGCAACCCCAAAAUCAGUACUUGAGCUGAUGGAUGUGCAAGAUCUCACAUUGGCUCAUGUUAAAUCUCAUCUACAGAUGUAUCGGACCAUCAAAUCUACUGAAAAACCUACAACGUCAUCAGGGCAGUCAGAUACUUGUGAGAAUGGAUCACAGGUAAACAGUGAGAGAGAAGCAAGAAAUCUCCAAGGUCUAUGGAACAACUCAUCAAGUGAAGCUCGGUUCCAUUUAAAGGCAAAGGCAUCAUCAGCUAUAGACAUUUCAUCCAAUGAGAAUGAAUGGAAGAAUCAAAGAUGUCCAAGCAACGAACGAUUGUCAUCGGAUUCGUCAAGCCUCACAGGGACAAGACCAGAGACUGAAACUCCCAAUUUGGAUUUCACUUUAGCUACACCAAACCUCUCUCCCUAAUUUUCUUAUAUAUACUAAAAUAUAUUAUAUGUU